AUGGAAGAAUACACUCAUUAUGACAAGGGUCUUUUAUUAAGAGACCGAUACCUUAAAGUAGCAGAUAUUAGUCAAGGUUCUUAUGGGUUGGUUUCAGUUGCUAAGGAUGUCAAGAAGGAUAAUCGAUUAGUUGCUGUUAAAUUUAUUUAUCCAGUGGACUUUAAAAAGGAAACUGACAAGAGAUCAUCUACUUCAACCCCUGCUAAACUAUCAGCAACAGAAUCCGUUUUCACUGCUUUAUUGAAUGAAGCCCAUAAAGAAAUUAAAAUGCAUCAAAUUUUAGGAGAUCAUCCCCAUAUUUCGAAAUUAUGGGAUCAUUUUGAUACAUUUUUGAUUUUGGAAUUUUAUCCACGAGGCGAUUUAUACGAAGCUAUCCAUUCAAAUUCUGGUCCUGUCACCACUCAAGAUAUUAAACUGGUUUUUGAACAAUUAUUGGAUGGUUUGAAAUAUUGUCAUAGUCGAGGAAUAUAUCAUCGAGACUUGAAGCCAGAGAAUAUUUUAAUUGAUCAGGAUUGGUCUAUUAAGAUUUCAGAUUGGGGGUUAUCUACUACAAACAAAAUUGUCACCAAUCCUAAUGAAUUUGACAUUGGAUCCGAAAGAUAUAUGGCUCCAGAACUAUUUGAUAACAAUUUGGAAGAAUAUGAUGCUUCAAAAGUUGACAUUUGGUCCAUUGGGAUUAUCUUAUUAACCUUGGUGUUCCAUAAGAAUCCUUUCCAAGUUGCCAAUUAUUCUGAUAAAAGAUUUAUUCAGUUUGUUAAUAACCGUGAAGCAUUAUUUGAUAUUUUUUCCACCAUGAGUGGUGAUUUAUUUUCAGUUUUAAGAUUUUCAUUAACUAUUGAUCCCGAUAAUAGAGAUUUGAAUAGUAUUUCCGAAGAAUUACAACUGUUGAGAUACUUUACCAUUGACGAAGAGUAUUGGGACAAUGAAGAUUACGAGGAAGAAGAAGAGGAAGGUGAAUAUGAAGCAGAAGAAGGAGAGGAAGAAGAAGAAGAUGAGGAAGAAUUGGAAGGUUACGGAUCAUUCAAAGAAUCAUUGUCACCGUCACCAGACAGGAUUGACACUCCUGCUGUUAAAAUCGAUGGACCAUCACCAGCUAUUUAUGUCAAUAAUAAGAUUGAUGUGACUCCAUCUGUUGGUAAAGCAGCACCACCGGUUGCAACCACGACUUCGGCUGCAGGUACAACUGAAUCACAUACAAAAAAUACCCCACCAAAAGGGACAUCUACUGAUGCUACUACUGAAAUCCCACAUAAUCAUCGAGCAGAUGCAUUAUUAUCCACAAAUACCGAUUUGAAACCAAUUCCAAUUACUGGAUUUAAAUUCCACCGCAAUACUAGAAAACCGUUGAAUGUUGCAUCAUAUAAUCAAAAUUCACAAAAUACUAAUCGGUUGUAUAACGGGAAUAACAAGUUCAAUAGAGAGGAUUAUUUCACUCCGAGAUCGGUAUUUAACCAUUAUAUGGAUAAAUACGGGGAACAAAGAUUUACUAAACAGUUUGAUAAUUUGAAUAAGAAACAAUCACCACCACAGAGAUUUAGAAAGAGAACUUGGAAGAAAAACUACAAGAAACCUCAAAAACAAUCACAACAAUCACAACAACCACAACAGUUUCACUAUCAUCAUCAAGCAAAUGACUCACAUAAUCAUAUGAAUGGUAGAAGAAAAUCCAGACUGUAUUCUACAUCUAAGUUGAGAAAAAAUGUUGUCAAUGGAAAUGUUCAUACUAGUUUGCCAUCAACAUAUCAUCCAUUACCAUACCCGGCAACAAAUAAUACUGCUACCAAUGGUAAUUCCUAUGGUGGAUCAGGAUCAGGGGCAGGCUUGCUGAAUUCACAAGGGAAGUAUAUCCCACCAUAUUUAAGAUCACCAAACUAUUCCAAAUCACCAAUUGUUGAACCAGUAACUGAAGAAUUGGACAAUUUGAGUUUAGAUUACGAUGAAGUUUUCCAUUUAGAAGGAGAUUUUGAAGAUACGAUGCCAACAACAGCCACCACCACUACAACAACAAAUAACAACGCAUUACAUCAUAGUGCACAUGUUGUUGAAGGCGAUCCAUUGCAUAAGAGAUUCAAUAAAUCAGAUAAUCUUUCUCCUGCAGCUAACGGAAAUUCAGGAUUAGGAGGUACUGCUUUAAGAAGAAACUCCAAUAUAAUUGCCAAUAGUGCUGCCGCUACUAGAAGAGCAGUGUUUGGAGGUGAAUUGAAUGGUUAUGCGCCACCAACACAACAAUUGUCAAGUUCUGCUAAUAGUAACAAUGGUAAAUAUGUUCCACCAUUUAGAAGAAGUUCACUUACAUCUUCUAGUGGAUCGACACCAGCAGCAGUCAAUGCAUUUAGAAGGUCAUUUCAUGAAAAGAGAGACUUUCAUUAUUCACCACACCAUUACUCUCCACAACAACAUCAACACCAACAUCAUAAUCAUCAUAACUAUCCGUCACAACAACAACAGCUUCAGCAAUCACAGCAAGCAAAUCAACAUCAUAGUUUAGAUUUUACGACGGGACACAUGAACAGUAGAGGCGGUAGUUUGCAUGAUGGGUCUAGACCUGUAUCAAGUCCUUUAUCUGAAUUGAGUAAAUCAGCAGUUGCAGGAACUACUGGUAAAGGACCAUUUGAACAACAUGCUCAUUCAGGGGUUCCUAUUGAAUGGGUUACAUCAUUUAGAAAAGAUUGGUGUGAUUACGAUUAG